AUGGACAAAGGCAAGAACGUCCAGACGGAGCUCACUGAAGAGGAAUUGCGAAGAAAGAUCGAGCGAGUCACCCGAGAAAUUCAGAAGGUUAAGGAGGAAGGACUCAAAGUUGACAUGACCGCGGCAAUCUACAAAGCUGCAGCCGUGACAUCGGAUGAAGAUCUGGCAUCGCAGAUAAAAAGAAAGAAAGAGGUUGAGUUGGAAACCGAAAGCUUAAGAAAGAGGUUGAACAUGCUUCAUUUGAAGGUGCACGAAGGAAAGGCAAGAGAGACAAAGAUAUAUAUUGAGACUGCCGUACUGUUGGCCAGAAGUGCGUCACUCGAUGAGGAAUUGGCGACCCGUAGCAAGUUAAAGGGCGGAAAAUACCUCGCUCGUGACCAGGGAGCAGAUCAUCCCUACUUCACCAGAUCGAAAGGUCCUACAGAUUCUUUCCCCGAACCAAACUCAGACAGAGAGAAUACAGCUAUGGGAGACAAUAACGACGAGGUCAGUCUCACAGACGUUGUGGUGGCUCAGCCCACCAUGGCGGAACAAAAUGAACUAAUUGCGCAACUGAUGCAGCAGAUAGCUGAUAUGAGAGUCGAGAUGCAGCGGAGGCAGGACACGCCUCCACCCGGAUUUGGACCUAAUUUCGUUGAUGCAAGGCCUCCGAUGUACUUCCCCUCGUCCUACUUGGAUCCAACUCAGAACCAGCCGUCAACACCCGUGCAUAAUCCGUCUGGGAUAGAUUUAACAACCCAAAACCCCCAGUAUGCUUCUGUAUCUUAUCAAACACCCUCACCGCUUCCAAAUAACCCUCCUCAAAUGCCACCACACCCCCAGAAUACUCAAACAGUCCCACCACCUCAAAAUCAAAAUCAAAAUCCGACCGCCUUCAACCCCCAAACACCACAUCCCCACUUAACCCAAAACACCAAUCCUCAAAACUACCCACAAACUACCAAACUGCACAAAACGUCCCGAGCCCUUCCAUAG